AUGGAUGAAGAACAGUCUGACUCUUAUGAUGCCAUUAAAGCUGCAGUGUUAUCCAAGUUUAAUGUAACAGAGGAGACCUACAGAUACCGGUUCCGGAGCACCAGUGUACCAGUGGGAGAGAGUCCAGACGUCCACACAUGGGUGAAGGAGAACAACCCAAAGACAGGAGGGGAAGCUGCAGAUCUGGCUGAACGUUACCUAGCUGCUCAUCGUCAACCUUCUAAGUCAAAGAUGACUGUGGUGGGACCAAGAGAAGUGCCACAGGCUUCAAUUGGUUUCUCCCCUUUUGAGCUGCUCUAUGGAAGGCAGGUUAGAGGCCCUCUGGAUAUGCUGAAAGAGAACUGGGUGGCUGGAGUGGCACCGGGGUCUACUGAAGUGGCUUCGACGACCAACAUCGUUUCCUACAUAUUGCAGAUGAGAGACAAACUGGAAACAUACAGAGAAAAGCCUGAAGACAGUGGCAUUUUGGAGGUUGGAGAAGUUGAGAUGAGUCCAUUCAGAGACAUGCCCAAAUCUGAAGACCCUCCUGAACAUCUGACUGAAGAUCAGUGUCAUCAGUUGAACGAGUUUGCAGCUCCCUACCUGGAUGACGUGGUGAUUUACAGUGAGUCUUGGGAGGAACACCUGCAGCAUCUAAAGGUUGUGAUGGCAAAGAUCCAGAAGGCUGGUUUGACUCUGAAUGUAGAUGCCUCUAAUGUUGGACUUGGAGCAGUGCUGGCUCAGAGAGAAGCUGGCUGCACAGGGUCAGAGUGGACGUUUUGGAGCAGGAAGCACCUGAAGGACGACGUUAAAGACAGUCAAACUUCCUCUGAGGAGAUGGACAGAAACGAGGAACUGGACACAUUGUUUCAGAGGUUACGCGUAUUUAAACACUGCAGAGCAGACAGACUGAGCAGCUGUGAUGAAAGGAAAAGACUGACAAAGCUGGCAAUGAGAAGCUGCACAGAUGAAGUUGUCCUGCAGUGGCUGAGAAAAAACUCAGAAUCUGACGCCUUCAGCAAACUCACAAACAUGUUUGACUUCCUGAAGAAACACAUUGAUGAGGAGGAGAAGAAGAACCACAGUGAUGAUGUUCACAUCACCUUUAUGGCUCAUAGUUUAAUCAGAGACUUCAUGAUCCCAGCCAGCUGUUACCUGCCUCUGCCCACCAUCACUGACGUGCUCCUGUAUUCUCCCUGGAACUGCGUCACUUCUGGUUUAGUGUACGGUAUCGCUACAGGAAAACUGAGGCCUCAGCACAGAGUUUUUUACUGCAACGAUAAAGAAAGCUGUACCAUUCCUGAUGACAAACAUCGACCUGUGAACCUGCCAGAUCACUGGAACUCACUGAAGAAAGCUGGAGCACAGAUGGUCCCAAACAUCACGGUUAACCCUCUUCGAGAUGAAGAUAGAAGAUGGAAAUACUUUGAGUCUCUCUCAGCUCAACACGGACCACCAGGAAGGAACCGCAUCGUCAUCCCAUUCAACCUCCCAGGACGGGAAUAUGAAAGCAUCCCGUUCUCUGUGGUGACCUUGGCUCUGUCCCUGGUGCUCCUCUCCUCCAGGUUUAAAGCCACUCUUCACUUCGAUGGUUGUCUCAGUGAUCACUCUACUGGACAGAAAUUUGACAGGAAGUAUCUUCAGGAGCAGUACGCCUGCACCAUCGACAACAGCUGGAUGAAAUGUUCACCUGAAGCUUUCAGAUGAUGAUAAAUGCUGCUUGUGUUAGACAUGUUUGUGGACAUUUUAGUGUAAAGAUGAAGAUGAUAAAAGUUAUUUUUCUAUAUUUGAGGCUCAGAUUUAUGAUGAAUGGACUUGAAUCAUCAUUUAGUUCCAGCUCAUAAUCUGAUCAUAUCUGCUAACAUCUGUGGAGGUUGUUAAUAUAAACAGACUCACCUGUUCUCUGCUCGCUGCUCACAGGUGACGUGAUGCUGAUGUCAGACCUUCAACCAGCACACACACAGAUCAUUGACGUGACAUAUAUAGAUUAUUUAUGUACAUUAUGUAUUAUGUAAUAUUUUGAUCUUUUAUUGCUUUAUGUUGGGCUUUUAGAUCCGUACUUGGGUGGAACAAUAAGUUAUGAGCCACAACUUUCUAACUCAGACUCUGAACUGUGUCACGUUCCAAACAUAGAAGUAACACAAGUCUACAAGUUGUACAUCUAUAUUUUCAUGCCUGCAGACUCUGUAAUUGUUUCUGAUCUUUUGUUAUUGUAAAACAUUAAAAUGUGAAGAUGAUGUCAUCUAA